GGCUUCCACAGCAAGCGCACUCAGGCCUCACCUGCACCCAUCGAACUUGGGAUUUUGUCACUCUGCGAUCAACCACUUCGACGACGACCAGCACACAACUCAGUCGGUCAGAUACAAGUCAAGAUGGGUCGUCUUCAAGAAUACCAAGUGAUCGGGCGUCACCUGCCCACCGACUCGAACCCGACCCCGAAGCUGUACCGCAUGCGCAUCUUCGCACCCAACACCGUGGUCGCCAAGUCGCGCUUCUGGUACUUUUUGAUGAAGCUGCGCAAGGUCAAGAAGUCGAACGGAGAGGUUGUCGCUAUCAACGUCAUCCACGAGAAACGCCCGUUGAAGGUCAAGAACUUCGGUAUCUGGAUCCGUUACGAUUCCCGGUCCGGCACCCACAACAUGUACAAGGAGUACCGAGAGAUGAGCCGCACCGAGGCCGUCGAGGCUUUGUACCAAGAUAUGGCUGCCCGCCACCGUGCCAGAUUUAGGAGCAUCCACAUCCUCAAGGUUGUCGAACUCACCAAGCCCGACGACGUCAAGCGACCAUACAUCAAGCAGCUCAUCUCCAAAGGCCUCAAAUUCCCUCUGCCCCACCGCAGCAGCAAGUCCAAGAAGCUGUUCACCCCGAACCGACCAAGCACCUUCGCUUAAACGCUUCACGCAUAUUUCCGUGUUCUGUUUUGGGGAAGCUGUGGUUCCUCACGGUUCUGUGAUGCUUGACCAUCUGGCAGUGGUUGUGUGGCAGUGCUAGGGUUGCCUGGGACGGUCAGAUCGGAGGGUGAUGAUACUUGCUCUUAACCACGAGGAUCGAGGAAGGCUAGAAGUGAAUGCGCACUCGGAGCAAAGCACUGUCCUCGAAAAUACCAAAGCAUCAAGGGGAAGAACCAGGUGCAGAUCGGGCGUCGGUUCUUGAUGGCCUAGUGGUGACGAAAUGCAAGCUCUGUAUGUAUGUGGCCUUCCAUGAGAAAAACGGUUGGCGUUUAGCGCAUGCAGUGCCAGCGAACAAAAAGACAAUGAAUGCAACUGCCAAAAUUUCAAGUUCAUGAAUAUUCAAGGUUUUUCUUUCGGCGAGAAUCUGCCUUUCCGUUCGAUUUGAGCCCAACCGCGUGAAACCCUACAGGAAUUCGUGUAAUACCGCGACCUGGGUCCUUGGCUGAUGCCGAGCAUCAUCGAGCAAAUGCUGACGAACAGAACAGAGCGUCGCUUUCAUGGCUCUAUCAUCAUUAUUCUAAGUAUGCACCUUCAGCUCACGUACUUAAAGCUGACUACUCGCCCUGCGAGCAUAACUGGCACCUCACAGCUCUCACGGCCAGGCCGCAAGUUGCAGAAUCCUGUAGGCCCAAGCAUAAAGAAGAAAAACAUGGUGUACUAUUCUCCCACGGUCUGCUUCAUAUGAAGCAAAGGUCUGAAAUGUGCCAUCAGGUCCCCUAACCCUUGGUGACAUCUCCCACAAAGAAGAUCAAGCGAUCAGCUGCAUGCUGACUAUUCUCGCGUCCCGCGCUGUCACCUCGACUCUGCGAAUGUUCUGGAUUCUUAUAUCUCCCAGAUGUGUAGGGAACUAUAUCUCAGUGCCUUCGGCGAGCACUUGACCGCAUUCAAACCUCACCUGGAAAGCAGAAACAACGUGAGUUAGCAGAGCUCCAAGAUUCCAUUCCACUUCGAAGAACACGGCCAAACCAACGGGGAUUGAAUGACAUGUACUCCCUCCACUCGACAUACACGAGAACGUUCGAAAAGACAAACAACGCUUGCGUCCAGAACAGGUCAUCAAACAGGACAGUAACAGAAUCCAAAACUCACCUUUAUGAGGGCUUCUCGCCCACCAAAUAUGAAGUUCAUUAUAAACCCGACAAUCCGGAUCACAAGCCUGAUCGAGGGCCUCCUCGCAGAGUCGUUCGACAUGAUCCUGCGCCCAGCCAUUAUAUCUGCAGAGCGGCGCGAGACUGAGCGCCUCAAAUCCAUUGCCGCCAUCCUCUUCAAGGCCACGCGACAUGACCUGGCCCCACCACAAGGCGGCACGAUGUUCACCGCGGUCAUCAGACCAAGGAUUCAAAGGGAUCCUGUAGACAGCAUGAUGGAUAUCCUUGAACCCCGCGGCGAGCAAGAGUUCGCCCGUGUCGGGAUCAUAAUGCAAUCGACGAUUGAUCGACGCAUAGAAAUUCUUCAGGUACAUGUGCCACCACUCAGUCAGCUUGCCCGGUCUGAGUGAGCCGUCGUCGCACCGCGGUUCAAAGUCGAGCUCGACAUGCUCGAACCAGCCGUAGCCGGGGACCAAAUGCUUCAGGACUUUGCGGUACAGACCCGGCCAGUCCGACACGCUCCCGAGUCCCAUUUGCAUAUGGAUCAAAUCCCAGGACCGUUCCCCCAUAGCCCAGGGACUCUCGUAGUCCCAGGGCACGCGCACGCUGACGUUCUCCGGGUGACAUUUGGAUGCCAUGUAGUGGAUGUCGACGCCGACGAAUUCGGCAUACGGGAACUCCACGGCCAUCUCGUUCAUCCAGAUCCCCGUCCCGCAUCCUAGGUCGAGUAUUCGCGGCGCCACGCGUAAUGGGAGUUUCUUUCGGUUGCUGCUUUUCCCCUCCGGCUCGAGGCCUGGUACCGGCGCGUUGAAAAGGCGGUGGUUUCCGCCCGGUCGUAAUACUUUGAACAUGGUGUUCAUCAUGUCGAGGCGGAUCUUCUCUCUCUCGUCGUGCGGAAACAUGUAUUGACCUCUUUUGAAAACCAAAAAUGGCCAUUGUUAG